AUGUCGCAACGCGCCGGGGACCGCGAUCGCGACAGGGAGCGCGACAGGGAGCGAGAGCUGCAGUGGUCGGCCCGCAGGAUGGGCACGUCGCUGCUGCUGCAGCUGUCGGCCCACGAGCGAGAGCUGGACCUGGUGUGCCUCGACCACAGCUACGCCAAGCCAUGGAGCGCGCACCCCGACGCCAGCGCCGCCCGGCCCGCCCGGCUCCUCUUCCUCACCCCGCGGAGACACCUCGGCAGCGCCCCGGAGGCCGAUGUCCCCAUCGACGUGGAGACGGUGACGCCCACGCCGGUGCCGCUGUACGACAACCAGAAGGCUCGGAGCGUGAUGAACGAGUGCGAGCGGCACGUCAUGUUCGCCCGCACCGACGCCGACGCGCCGCCGCCGCCCGACGACUGGGAGGAGCACGUCAACAGGACGGGCUGGAGCAUGGCCCAGAACAAGCUGUUCAACAAGAUCCACAAAGCUCUGCAGUCGGACCGGCUGGCCCGGCUGGCCAACGAGGGGGCCUGCAACGAGCCGGUGCUGCGGAGGAUCGCGGUGGAUAAAUGCGCCCGCCGCGUGCGCCAGGCCCUGGCCAGCGUCAACUGGGACACCAAACUCAUCCAGUGGCUCCACACCACGCUGGUGGAGACCCUCAGCCUGCCCGUGCUGGCUGCUUACCUGGACGCCCUGCAGACCCUGAAAGGAAAGAUUCCUGCGUUGAUCGAUAGGAUGCUGCUCUCCUCCACGGCCAAGACGGGAGCAGCGGGGGCUGAGGCGCUGUCACUGCUGCUCAAGAGGCCCUGGGACCCGGCUGUGGGUGUUCUGUCCCAUAAUAAACCUAGCAAACUGCCGGGAUCGCCCCUGAUCCUCAUCGCGUCCUCCGGCCCCGCCAGCUCCGUGUUCCCCACGUCCCGACGGCAGCGCUUCUGGCAGUCGCAGCUCUCCUGCCUGGGGAAGGUGAUCCCCAUCUCCACGUCGCUGCUGAACAAUGGCAGCGGGGUGGGGGUGCUGCAGUGCCUGGAGCACAUGAUCGGCGCUGUCAGGGGCAAGGUGGCCGAGAUCCACAACCACUUCUCGCACAAGCAGAUCAUCCUGAUCGGCUGGAACACCGGCGCCCUGGUGGCCUGUCACGUUUCCGUGAUGGAAUACGUCACCGCCGUCGUGUGCCUCGGUUUCCCGCUGCUCACCGUGGACGGCCCCCGAGGGGACGUGGACGAUCCCCUGCUGGAGAUGAAGACUCCGGUGCUCUUCGUCAUCGGGCAGAAUUCCCUGCAGUGCAACGCCGAGGCCAUGGAGGAUUUCCGGGAAAAGAUCCGUGCGGAAAACAGCCUGGUGGUGGUGGGGGGAGCCGACGACAACCUCCGGAUAAGCAAAGCCAAAAAGAAAUCCGAAGGUCUGACCCAGAGCAUGGUGGACAGGUGCAUCCAGGAUGAGAUUGCCGAUUUCCUGACGGGAAUCCUGACCCGCUCCGAGAGCCACUCGAGCUCGGAGCCGCGGGAUUUGGACGCGGAGAGGAAGAAAAAACCCCGGGAUUGCGGCAGGAGGGAUUUGUCCUUCGAAAUUCCCGACAGGAGCAGCAGGCCGACGUCACCUGCGGCCAAAAUCCCGGCUUCUCCCUCGGGAUCGGAGGAUCUCUCCAGCGUGUCCAGCAGUCCGACCUCCAGCCCCAAGGCCAAGGUGGCCGCGCUGUCCCUUCCCAAGCCGGGCCCGGUGAGCUCGGCGCCGCUCCCGAGGCGAGCGAUCCCGCGAGCCGACAAACCGCCCCCAGGGGUCUCCGGGAAGUCGCUGCCCCUGGGAAAUUCCGGCUCCAAGGAGAUCCCGGGAAUGUUCUCCAGCCAAAACUCGGCUCUGAAGGCACCAGGGGCCCUGCAGACCCUGGCUACCAUCGGCACCAUCCCCGUGCCCACCUCGCUGGCCCUGGGAGCCUCCAGCAAGCCCACGGCCAUCCAGCAGCUGCUGAGCAACGGGGGACUGGCCAAACUGGCCAGCAGCCUCCCAGGGCUGGCCCACAUCUCCAACCAGAGCUCGGGGCUGAAGGCUCCCACCACCAUCACGGUGACGCUGCGGGGACAGCCCGGCCGCGUGGGCAGCCUGAGCCAGGCGCUGCAGCCGCCGCUGGAGGAGCAGCCCCAGGGCCCCCAGUGACCACCAGGAGCUCGAGGUGGCCACCAGGAGCUCGAGGUGGCCACCAUGACCCUCCAGGACCCCCAG